AGGGCACAUCACACAAAGAAAGACACUGAGGCAGCAGUCUGGCUCAUCAGGUUUCUAACAGGACUUAAUUGUGAAGUGUGACAGACAGAUUUGUCACACAGAGUGACAGAUCCGAGAUGAGCUGGGAGCCAUUAAGCAGAUAUAUAUUUUAGAAAGAUGAUUUUGAGGAGAUGAAAUUGAGACAGGGAAGUCCAGGUAAGUGCUUCUAAAAGAGCGUUAUGGGCACAGGAAGUUCAGAAGUAGCUUUGGCAGGUUCAGGGGUUUGAUUGGGGUUGAAAGUCUGGAGUUAAAUUGCAUGUUUUGGGCUUGGAUGCCUGAGCUGAUGGUGCAACUACCUGAUAGCAUAGGGAUGGAGGACACUGUUCUUCUUAAGAAUGUUGCUUGAGAUGAAGAUGGCAAAUGAGUCCUCAGAUGCACAGGUCUGAGCGUGGGUGGGAGGGGUUCUAACGUUCAGAACUACCAAUAACAGGAAGAUUUUUUUUUUAUAUAUAAUGAAAUGUUUUCCCAUCAUAGUGGACUCUUAAGCACGUUCUCCACGUAUGCGGUGCUAGCUGGAUGUCUUUUGGCAUAAUUGUUACACGUUUGGCAUGGAUAGCACACAGGUUGGUGUCUUCAAAAAGGCCAACCAGAUAGGCCUCACUUGCCUCCUGCAAAGCACCAAUAGCUGCGCUCUGGAAGCACAGAUCUGUCUUAAAGUCCUGAGCAAUUUCUCACACCAGACGCUGGAAAGGAAGUUUGCGAAUCAGAAGUUCAGUGGACUUCUAAUAACACGUAGUGCCACAGUACCAGGCCUGUAGCGAUGAGGUUUCUUCACCCCUCCAGUGGAGGGCGCACUCUUGCGAGCAGCUUUUGCAGCCAAUUGCUUCCGGGGGGCUUUACCACCGGUGGAUUUGCGGGCAGUCUGCUUUGUACGAGCCAUGGUAUAAGACCUCCUUACUUACCCCCCUUCUCAUUCGGCUGGAGCUCGGCGAGCUAGAGGCGGCACUGGCGUUAGACAGCGACGGCGGCCGGGCGGCGGCUGCGAACACAAUUGAAAGACGGACUUGGGAAGCUGCUGUCACGGCUGAAGCUUUACUUGUCACAAAGUUGCUGAAGUGCUGCAGCUGCUGGUGGAGUCACAUCAAUGCCAAGUGAGAAUAACUGUGUAAAACUAAGGAGUGAUUGCUCCAGGCCUCCCCUGAAAUGGUACAUGCCAGCUCAAAACAAGAUGAAAAGACCCAGCUUUUUGUUAAAAAAGUUCUUCAAAUGUUUAUUGCCUAUGUUUGUAUUGUGGAUCAUUUAUACUCUCACGUUAAAUCAUCCUACUGAAGAAUGUGACAUGAAAAAAGCACAUUACGUGGACCCUGACCGCGUAAAGAGAGCUCAGAAAUAUGCUCAACAAGUUUUGCAAAAGGACUGUCGGCCCAAGUUUGCGAAAACAUCAAUGGCACGGUUGUUUGAGCACAGGUAUAGCCCGGACUUACAGCCUUUUGUGCAGAAGGCCCACAAGGCAAGUGAAGCCAAGGACAAGUAUAAUCCUCCUUUUGGAUUCCGGAAGUUCUCCAGUGAAGUUCAGUCCCUUUUGGAACUGUUGCCCGAACGUGACUUUCCAGAACACUUGAAAGCCAAGAGCUGUCAGCGUUGUGUGGUUAUUGGCAGUGGUGGGAUACUACACGGACUAGAACUGGGCUAUGCCCUGAACCGGUUCGAUGUUGUGAUAAGGUUAAAUCAUGCACCUGUUGAGGGAUAUUCAGAGGAUGUUGGAAAUAAAACUACUAUAAGGAUGACCUACCCAGAGGGUGCACCACUGUCUGACCUUGAAUAUUAUUCCAAUGACUUGUUUGUUGCUGUAUUAUUUAAGAGUGCUGAUUUCGACUGGCUUCAAGCAAUGUUAAAAAAUGAAACCCUGCCAUUUUGGAUGAGAUUCUUCUUUUGGAAGCAGGUGGCAGAAAAGAUCCCUCUACAGCCCAAGCAUUUCAGGAUUUUGAAUCCAGUUAUUAUCAAAGAGACCGCCUUUGACAUCCUUCAGUACUCAGAGCCUCAGCCAAGGUUCUGGGGUCAAGAUCAGAACGUCCCCACUAUCGGUGCCAUUGCUGUGGUCUUAGCCACACAUCUGUGUGAUGAAGUCAGCCUGGUGGGUUUUGGAUAUAAUCUCAGUCAACACAGAACUCCUUUGCAUUACUUUGACAAUCAGUGCAUGGGCGCCAUGAACUCGCAGACCAUGCAUAAUGUGACAACUGAGACCAAGUUCCUCCUAAAGCUGGUCAGAAAGGGAGUGGUGACAGAUCUCAGCGGAGGCAUCUAUUGGGAAUUUUGAACACAGAAAACCUCACUUGGAAAUGCAACUCUGACCCCGAGGGCUGUUGUUGAUGCAUUUCAUCCUGCAAAUACUUUGAAGUGCAGCUGGUGUUUUAACUUUUAAUUUAAAAACAAAAAUGGUUUUGUUCUUCCUACUUUUUUUCCUAUUUAUUUGAGGUCAGUGUUUGUUUUUUGCACAAUGUUUUGUAAGUUAAUUUUAAGAAUUGAAUUGGAAAGACUUCUCAAAGA